GUGCAUCAUAGGUAUCUAUAACCGCAGUUCAAAAUAUAUGAACAAGAUAAGGAAUGAUUUGAUAAAGCUUGCCUAUGUUGUACACUUGAAAAUUAGCACAAUAAUGGCCCAAUAAUUAGCUCUUUUAUUUCAAUUUAUUACCUUAAGAAUGAGUGCUAACUUCUCUUUCAUGGAUUUCAGUAAUUAUGUUUUAUACAGUGCUUCUCCUCCAUAGUUUUUAUUUAUUAGUUUACAAAGUACUAACUGGAUGAUAAAUACUCUCAAAAGACAGUGGGGAAUGCUUGUUCCUUGAUUAAUCCUUGUGGUAGGAUGGUGUAAGAGACGCCCCUAGACGAUGUGUCAUGAUAAUCUUCUUACAAAACAAAAAUGCAAAGUAUUUCCACGAGACUCCCAAGGUAGUUCCUAAGAUGCACCGGAAACUGUUUGAUUCUGUCAUAAGCAGGGACUCAGCAAUUAAUUCAUUGAAAUGCCAGUUAGGGAGACGCAAUCUGAGUUCGACUGAUCAGUGGAUGUAAGCGCAAUUUUCAACUGAGGGUCGAAAGUAAUAUGCGAUUGCAUUUUUUCCUUAGCUUUGUUGUGGUCCUGAAAAUUCUAGACGCACGUGGCAUAGAAUCACGAAACUACACAAGCGCUAAAGAUAAUCAUGCCAAUUAAGACGAUGAAGCUAACUAUAACAAUCAAGUAAAUAAAAUGGCUUACUUUAGUCUGGCUCCUAGCGACAAUAGGUAGUUGAUAUGUGACGGUGAAAAAGAAAGUAGCGUUUAGUGAACAAGUAGCGUUGCAACAAUAAACCUCUCAAAGAACUACGUCCCUUACACAAUGAAACCCGAUCGCUAAACCUGUCACACGAGUGUGUACCGUUGCGCAACAAGUGAAUAACAACGAGAACAAGAAACGAAUCACGGCUAAAUAUAAACAAACGAACUAUUAUGUUACGAAAGAAACAAAACUACCCCUCGUAUGUCGGCAAGGGCGCCUUCAAAUCCAUCAUGACGAGAGCUCCCGCGAAGCUAAAGCAGCAAACUUCAAGCUCUUUUAAUCUCACUUGCGUACUUUCGCGUGUAGACGGCAAAGCGCGACGCAACCGGCAAACGUGAAAAAUGGCGGAAAAAUCAUGGUAACAUGGCCUAUGGGCCUUUGUUACCCUUGUUCAGCGGUCAAUUUGUUUAGGGUAAAUUCCGUAACCGAAGGAAAAUUAAAGUUGUUUUGCAAUUUCCUUCCUACACCCAAGAUAAACACAAUGUUCGGUCAGGAUAAGCUCUUUCGCGAGAAUAUCGAGGUGAAAGAGAAGCAAGGAGAUACCACAAACGCACAGUUUGCGUUCCCUAAACAAUGUUUGGUGUUGGGCGAUCCUCGCGUCGGAAAGACGAGUCUCGUCAAUGCCUUAACUGGAAAGCCAUUUGAUCCAGCCGAACAAACAACGCAAGGAAUUGAUCAGAGCCUUGUCGAUCACGAGUGGAAAAACUGCGACAUGAAGGAUCUCGUGUUUGGAGACUUGUGGAGAUAUCUCAAAACAGGGGACGUGGAAGUGACUUUGAUAGGAUCUGGAGGACGAAACAAUAAGGACCAUUACGACUACCCUUCGGUACAGCUCAACAGACCGGGAAUCGAAAGUUUAUGAAGUUUCUCUGCUUUUGCC